AUGAUUGUGCCUAUGUUUAUCGAACAUCCCGAUAUAGUUUUUCUUAUAAUCGGAAUUAUUUUUCUAACAUUUUCAAUAAUUACAUGUCUUAGCAUCUAUCUAUGUACACGACGAACACGUAAUAAAAAUCAAUCAAAAACAGCUAUUGAUAAAAAACGUUUAAUUUAUUCAUCACCAACAACAUCAAUAACACCACAAAUUCCAACUAAACCAACAAAUCAAUUUGUUUAUCCAUUAACAAAAUUGAGUAAUAAUGAAAUAUCAAUGAAAACAGUAAAUGAAAUAUCAUCACAAUUAUCUGAAACCCCAUCAAAUUAUAAAACAUUUAAUAUAACGAAAAAAUAUCAAAGACAUUUAUCAUCUGAUUCAUCAUAUACAAGUUCAAAUCAACGUCGUUCAUAUCCAUCAUUUGCAUUUGAAACAAUAAAAUCGAAAAUUCAACAAGUUCAACAACGUUCAACACCAUCACCAAUCUUAACACGUUCACUUGAACCAAUUAAUUCUGAAUUAGUUUCCGUUGCAAAUUCAUCUGAUUCAGAUGAACAAGAUGAUAAUGAAUCAUUACCAACACCAACAUUUGAAUAUUCACUUACAGAAUUAUUUCGUAUUGAACUUAUUUAUAAAUUACAUUAUUCAAUUGAUGAUAAUCAAUUAUCAUUUCAAUUAAUACGUUUAGUUGCAAUACAACCAUUAAUUGAACGUUGUUUUCCAUCACUUAUUUGUAAAAUACGUUUAUAUACAAAUAAUGAUAAACGUAAAAAUAAAAAAUAUUUUUCAAAAAAAGAUCCAAUUAAUGAAAUAUUUAAAUUUGAUAUAAAUCAAUAUGAUUUAGAACAAAGUUAUUUAAAAAUACAUGUUUUAGGACAUCAUAAAAAUGAUAAACGGAUUGAAUUAGGUCAUACGAGUCUUAUACUUAAUCAAUAUGAUAGUUUAAUGAUACGAACUGGACAUCAUUAUGAUGGUGGAUUAACUGCAAGUGAACAACAUAUUAAAUCUAUUCAAAUUGAUGAAGAUCGUAUUGAUAUGAUAACACAACAGCAGGUAAUCUUGGAAAAUGAAGCUCGUGCAUUAAUUUGUUUAGUUUAUGAAAAUGAUCGAUGUUUACUUCAAGUUGGUUUAAUAAAAAUAGUUGGUAUACAAUCUUUAUUUAAACUUCCAAUUGGUCAUUCCCAUCAUCGUGAUUUAAUUCAAAUAAAAAUUUGUACAAUUGUUGAAGGAAAAAUAACAGGAAAACGAAAAUCUAAAGCAAUACCAAUCGAUAAAAAUGUUUUUACAUUUAGUACAUCAUUUCAUUUUGAAUAUCUUUUACUUCAUAAAACAUCAAUACGUAUAACAAUAUGUUAUCGAAAAACAUUAUUAGGUUCACAUAAUAAACCAAUAUCAUCAAUUGAAUUUGGUUCAAAUCAAGUUAAAAAUCAACAAAUUUUUCAACAUUGGACAGAUACAUUGUCAUCACCGAAUCGACCACAUGUUCAUUGGCAUUCACUUCAACUGAUUGAUACAAUUAAUCAUAAAUAA